GUGGUGCCAUUGCUGCAGAACAAAAUGCUCAAGAGCAUAAUGCCCUGUCUCAGGCGUUUGACCAAGCGAGUUUCUCGAACAUUGGACUGACCUCAACACUCCAAGGUGACCCGGGCACGCAAGCAAACUUCAUGGUUCCUCUGUCUGUCCCGGCCAUUAAUGCAUCAUCUUCUUCUCCAACGAUACUGAAUAUGAAUUCCCAACAAGGUCGUGUUCAACAAGGCGCAGCGAC